ACCCGGAAGUCGAGGGGCGAUGGCGAUGGCCGGGCGGGCGGGCGCGAUGCCGGUUCCGCGGGCGGAGCUGAAGCUGGUGCGGCUGCUGAGCCGGUGCGAGGCGCUGGCGGCCGGGCGGCCCGGCGCGGGCGAGUGGCGGCUGGAGAAGUAUGUGGCUGCUCUGGAAGAAAUGCUUUUGGAGCUGAAGAAACACUCCAGCAAGCCAGCCCCCGAGGUGCUGAGCGAAUAUUCUCGCAAGGUCGAUUUCCUGAAAGGGAUGCUGGAAGCGGAGAAGAUGUCAUCUUCGUCUGAAAAGGCCCUUGCCACUCAAUUCCUGGCCCCUGGGCGAACUCCCACGACCACCAAGGAACGGAUCCCGGCCACGCAGACAGUCCAUUUGCAGACCCAGGCCCGCUACACCCGCGAGAUGAGGAGCGAGCUGCUUGGUACAGAGGUUCCGUGUGCUUCAGAUACGGAGGAGACGAGCUUGAGGAAGCGCUUGGGCCUCUUGCCGGAGGAGAAGCAGUCGGCCGCUGACCUGGACGCGGUCCUGCAGCACCACCACAGCAUCCAGGAGAAGCUGGCGGAAGAGAUGCUGCACCUGGCCCGUAACCUCAAGAACAACACCCUGGUGGCUCAGAAUGUGAUCAAGCAAGACAACCAGACGUUGUCUCACUCGCUCAAGCUGGCCGACCAGAACUUCGAGAAGCUGAAGGACGAAUCGAGCCGCCUAGAGCAGCACGCCAAGAAGUCGGUCAACUGGCUCCUCUGGCUCAUGCUGAUCGUCGUCUGCUUCAUUUUCAUCAGCAUGAUCUUGUUCAUUCGGAUCUUCCCGAAGCUGAGGUGACUCCUUGCAGCCGGGGACGACCGGCUCCUUUCCCUUCCAGAGGCCGAGCCCCGGACUGUUUGUUCCAGGCGGGCUGCAGAACUGAAAUCGAAGGACAGAACUUGGGCAGCUGCGUGUUCCGGUUUGGGGUGCAGGCUGCUGCCAGGGGGCUGUGUUUGUGAGGGUCUGGCCUCCCUCCCGAACGAGGAGGCCCCGCGACGACUCAGACGACGGAACGUUUCCGUGCACAGCAGCAGUUUUCAUCAUGAAGAAAGACAAGUUGUCAGUCUGGGUGACAGUUGUUCUCCCUUUCUUUGCGAAGGGAAAAUGUCAGCACGGGGGAACUUCCGGCCCCACAGGUUCUGCCUGCAGUUUGGAGUGCUAUAGUCGGGGGGGGGGGGGGGCACAGCAUCUGCUGCUGUGUGUGUAAAGAGGCUUUAUCAGUGGGGUGGGUGGAACAGGCAGGGAGAAGAGCCUCGGGGAUUUGGUGUUUUCUUUUUAAAAGCAAAACAAACAGGUGGAAAGGGAGCAUCCCAGCCUAAUGACUUCUAGAAAUCAAUAAGGUCAGCGCAAAACAAAUAUCUCGCUUUGCAUGUAACGGAACGAUCCUAAAGAAUCCUACCAAGAACGUUCCCGUUAUAAAUCACGGUUGAAACAGCAAACUGUUAUCAGUCAUGGAGGGUUGUUUCUUUUUCUUUUUUUUUAAAAAAGGCUCUCUUCUUCCCGCCCGCCCCUUUCUCCCCAUAUUGGCUCUUCUGUUUUUGGGCUGACUGAUUACAGGUUUCAGGUUUCUCCUCUGCCAUCGUGAUUUAUUUUGUGGGCCUCUGUUGGGAGAGGGGAAACUCAUGCCUGUUGCUCAAGAAAGUUGGCAUCUGAGCUGCAGCCCGGCUGCUGAAACGGUGGGGGGGUGGGCUACCCCGGAAACGGCUCCUCCCCCUCCGCCACGUGUGCAGGAACGAGGUUGGAAGUCCUCCGAGCAGCUGGGCCGGGCGGCCUCCCUGAGCUCCAGCUGAACGACCGCAGAGUUAAUGUUUGGUUAACUUGGGCAUGAUUUCUCCCCUGUCACGAGUCCAGUGUUUGCUGCUGUUUGCAUUGGCCCCUCCCCUUUUGCAGUAACCUUGGAGGGCUGGGGCCAGGCGGGUGGUUAAUCAUCUAUAGAGAGUGCCCCCUUCCCCUGACGGGGCCUCACGGUCCUCCUGACCCACAGGCACUUGGCAUGCACAGGCUGCAAAGGGUCAGUGCCUUGGUCUUCCCUCCUUCCUGCGGCAGGCAGUCAGUCAAAACCAGCGGGGCCGCCUCUUCGCUCCGGCACCUGGCAAAUAAACUCUUGUUCUCUGA